CUAUUGGUGCGCGGGAGGGGAGGGGGAGGGGAGGGCUGCUUCUCUCCUGCUCGCCACCUCCCGCCCCCCAUUCUGAGACUCAGUCCUCUUUGGUGCCCACCGUCGCCAGGCUCUGGGGCUGUGAGGGACCCCUGCAGUCCCCAGAACUGAGACCAGCAGGGGCAGAGACUAUGAGGCAAGCAGCCCAUCGACCCAGGCCUCCUUAGGACCAGACCUGCCAGCCACCAAGGGAGUGAGCAGCAGCGGAGACGGAGCAGGAGAUAAAGGACCACAGCGGAUCACUGCUUUCCCCCAACACAUACCGCUCCCGAGGACUCCAGCCAGGCUAAAGGGUCAUGACGGAUGAUCAGACUCACAGAGGAUGACGGCCACAUAGCCCCGAUGCACCCAGCUGCACAGCACUGAGCCCCUCAACGACAGCCAGUGACACCAGCAUAUAUCGCCACAGCCCUGCAAGACAGACACCUACCCACCCACACACACACACAGCAACAACUGGCAACUCUGACACAGCGCAGACAGCUACACACAGCACCACCGCCCUGAACACACACAAGUGGGAGCAUCCUCCCCUAAACACGGACAGACCUGGCUGUAUAGACAGGACUGCUGCUACUACCGCUGCUGGGCUGGCCUCGGCACAUCCUUCCCACCCCCCGGGGGACACCCUUGCCGUUCCACAUACUCACACACACGCACAGCCACCAUCCAACAGUGCUUGCGGCACCCCUUGCUUCAGCUCCUGCAGCUCUGACGCCUUCAUAAGCCUGCUUUGUGGGGGAGGAAGCACCCGGCCAGCCUCGGAUGGAGCUUUGGUGAAUCUAGCAGCUCAGAGAGGAAGGGUCUGGCCCAGCCUGACCUUCCACAGCCACCUGCUGUGGCUGGGUGAUGUCCCCCGGCCCAGGUUCUGGGGCCCCUUGGCACUACCAUGGAGCAACUGACAACCCUCCCGCCACCUGGCGACCCCGGAGCCUUGGAGCCAUGGACACUGCCUGCCUGGCAGAGCUGGCCUCCGGGCCAGGGGGGUGAAGCUGGAAUCAUAGCCCCAAGCAUUGCUGCCACUCCGGCAGUUCUGCAGGCUGGAGAACAGAGACCUGAGGAGAGUUCCACGGUGGAGAGAGCCUGCAACCCUGGGGCCGAGGUGGGCAUGGACCUGGAGGGAACAGAGGCUGGGCUGCUUCCCCGGGGGGAGCAAGCAGUGGACCCUGGACCUUGGCACCUGAAGCCGGACGAGGAGAAGGAGGUGGAGGCUUUCCUUAAGGCCAAGCUGACCGUGGGCUUCGGCAACAGGCCCAAUCUGGAGCUACUGAGGGCCCUGGGGGAGCUGCGGCAGCGCUGUGCCAUCCUCAAGGAGGAAAACCAGAUGCUGAGGAAGAGCAGCUUUCCGGAGACGGAGGAGAAAGUGCGGCGGCUGAAGCGGAAGAAUGCCGAGCUGGCGGUCAUUGCCAAGCGCCUGGAGGAGAGGGCGCGGAAGCUGCAGGAAACUAACCUGAGGGUGGUGAGUGCCCCUGUGCCCCAUCCGGGAACCAGCCUGGAUUUGUGUCGGAAGGCCCUAGCCCACCAGCGAGCCCGGGACCUUAGCGAGACCGCCAGCGCACUGCUGGCUAAGGACAUGCAGAUCGCAUCCUUGCAGCGCGAGUGCAGGGAGCUGCAGGCCCGACUCAGCCUGGUAGGCAAGGAGGGUCCCCAGUGGCUCCACGUGCGGGAUUUCGAUCGGCUGCUGCGCGAGUCGCAGCGGGAGGUACUGCGGCUGCAGAGGCAGAUCGCCCUGCGCAACCAGCAGGAGCCACCUCCUCCGCUCCGGCCUCAGGACCUCGCAGUCCCGGCCAAGGCAGGGGUGCCGGCCCCCGGGGCCCCGGGAGAGGCCACUCUCCAGCAGAAUGUGGACAACCUGACCGUGGUCCCCGCAGAGCCAGAGAGUCGGCAGAAGGUGCAACAACUGGAGUCUGAGCUCAGUAAGAAGCGGAAGAAAUGUGAGAGCUUGGAGCAGGAAGCCCGUAAGAAGCAGAGGCGAUGUGAGGAGCUGGAACUGCAGCUGAGAGAAGCCCAGAGUGAGAAUGCCCGUCUUGUGGAGGAGAACUCACGGCUCCAUGGGAGAGCCACAGAGAAGGAGCAGGUGGAGUGGGAGAAUUCGGAGCUGAGGGGCCAGCUCCUAGGGGUGACGCAAGAAAGGGACUCUGCCCUUCGCAAGAGUCAGGGCCUGCAGAGCAAACUGGAGAGCCUGGAGCAGGUGCUGAAGCACAUGCGGGAGGUGGCCCAGCGGCGGCAGCAGCUGGAGGUGGAACAUGAGCAGGCUCGGCUCAGCCUGCGGGAGAAGCAGGAAGAAGUCCGGAGGCUGCAGCAGGCCCAGGCAGAAGCAAAGAGGGAACAUGAAGGGGCUGUGCAAUUGCUGGAGUCUACCUUGGAUUCCAUGCAGGCACGGGUUCGAGAACUCGAGGAACAGUGCCGGAGCCAAACUGAACGCUUUAGCCUCCUGGCACAGGAGCUGCAGGCCUUCCGCCUCCACCCUGGCCCCUUGGACCUGCUUACCUCCGCCCUGGGCUGUGGUGCCCUCGGUGAUCAGCCAUCACCCCCCUGCUGCUGCUCUGCCCCCCAGCCCUGCCAGGGGUCUGGCCCCAAAGACCUUGACCUCCCGCCAGGCUCCCCAGGGCGUUGCACCCCAAAGUCUUCUGAGCCCACCCCUGCCAUGCUCACUGGAAUCUCUCGAAGGACAGCGAAGAAAACAGAAUCUUUCUCUAAUUCCUCUCGCUCCGAAUCCAUCCACAACAGUCCCAAGUCCUGCCCUACGCCUGAGGUGGACACAGCCAGCGAGGUGGAGGAGCUUGAGGCAGACAGCAUCUCCCUGCUCCCAGCAGUGCCAGAGGGCAGCCGGGGAGGAGCCAGGAUUCAGGUCUUCAUAGCACGCUAUAGCUACAACCCCUUCGAGGGCCCCAAUGAAAAUCCAGAGGCGGAACUACCGCUGACGGCCGGUGAAUACAUUUACGUCUAUGGCAGCAUGGACGAGGAUGGCUUCUUUGAAGGGGAACUCAUGGACGGCCGACGGGGCCUGGUCCCUUCCAACUUUGUAGAGCGUGUGUCCGAUGACGACCUCCUGACCUCCCUUCCCCCGGAGCUGGCCGACCUGUCCCACAGUUCAGGGCCUGAACUCAGUUUCCUGAGUGGAGGUGGGAGCGGCUGUCAUAGUGAGGCCCAGAGCAGCGGGGGCCAGAGCCAGCCUAGAUGCGAACAGCAGGAGGACACAGCUGAAGAACUGGGUGUGAGCCCCCCGCCGGAGGGACUGGGCGAGCCUCCUGCCGUGCCUUACCCCCGCCACCUGGUAGUUCUCAAGCAGCUGGCCCGCAGUGUGGUCCUGGCGUGGGAGCCGCCACCAGAGCGUGUGCAGCUGCUUGGCUUCCGGAUCUGCGUGAACGGGGAGCUGCGGCAGGCCCUAGGACCCGGGGCACCUCCCAAGGCUGUGCUUGAGAACCUGGACCUGCAGGCUGAGCCCCUCCACGUUUCUGUCCAGGCCCUGACCAGCAGAGGCGGCUCAGACCCUCUGCGCUGUUGCCUAGCUGUGGGUGCUCGGGCCGGAGUGGUCCCGAGCCAGCUGCGGGUUCACCGCUUGACAGCCACAUCUGCUGAGAUCACCUGGGUGCCCGGCAACAGCAACUUGGCCCAUGCCAUCUACCUCAAUGGGGAGGAGUGCCCACCUGCCCACCCCAGCACCUACUGGACCACCUUCUGCAACUUACGACCUGGCACGCUCUAUCAGGCCAGAGUAGAGGCCCAGCUCCCAACCCGAGGGCCCUGGGACCCAGGCUGGGAGAGGCUGGAACAACGGGCUGCUGCCUUGCAGUUCACCACACUCCCAGCAGGCCCACCUGAUGCUCCCCUGGAUGUGCAGAUAGAGCCAGGACCCUCCCCUGGAAUCUUGAUCAUCAGCUGGCUUCCAGUCACCAUCGACGCUGCUGGGACCUCCAACGGUGUCCGGGUCAUGGGCUAUGCCGUCUAUGCCGAUGGGCAGAAGAUCAUGGAGGUGGCCUCACCUACGGCAGGCAGUGUGCUGGUGGAGUUGUCCCAGCUGCAUCUGCUGCAGGUGUGUCGCCAGGUGACCGUGCGCACCAUGUCGCCCCAUGGCGAGUCGGCUGACUCCAUCCCCGCUCCUAUCGCCCCUGCCCUGUCUCCAGCCUGUUUGCCUGCCAGGGCCUCUUGCCCCUCUCCACGACCAAGCCCCGAGGCCAGAUCACCUCUUGCUCCAGCCUCUCCAGGGCUUGGAGACCCUGGCCCUCCCUUACAGCGCCUCGCUCCCCAUGGAACGCAAGAUCCCCCAGGGGGACCUCCUACAAACCCUGGCAGAGAGUCGCCGAGAGGACCCCAAGAGGAACCACUGGCACCUUGCUCCCAGGAGGAAGCUGGGGAAGCUGCUUUGGGCACUACAGACGAGAGGAGGGCCAGCGAACCAGCCCUGGCCGAGGGAGGCCGUGGCCCUGUGGCUCCCUCCAUGGCCAAGCAGGAGGUUGAGUGGACGGCAAGAGAGGCCUGUCUGGCCUCCUGCUCCAUCCAGGGGGCCGUGGUCCAGAGGGCACCCGGUUCAGAGGCCUGCCACGGAGGAGAUACAGGCUCCGGGCUGGGAUCCAGGGCCGAGGAGGACACGACAGGGCUCGGAGCUUGUCUGGUGAACUCCCUCGUGGAUCAUGGCCGCAACUCAGACCUGUCAGAUAUCCAGGAAGAAGAAGAGGAAGAAGAAGAGGAGCUGGCUUCCAGGGCCUGCUCCAUUCAGAAGCAGGUUGCUGGCCAGAGCAGCAGGGAGAACGGGGCCAAGGCGCAGCCCCAGCUGGACGCCUUUUGUGAGGCUGACAGUGAUGAAGAGAUUCUGGAACAGAUCCUGGAGCUGCCCCUCCAGCAGUUCUGCAGCAAGGAGCUCUUUAGCAUCCCGGAGGAGGAGGAAGAGGAGGAGGAAGAGGAGGAACAGCUACAGGAGGCAAGCCGGUCCUCCAGAGCCCCUGGUCUGCUGGCACCUGCUCUGUUGGGGCUCCACAGUGGCCAGCUCCAGGGCCCCUGCCCAGGUCCAUUGUCUUUGGAGUCGUCCAGGGCCGGCGACCGCCUGGAGGAUGGGCCAGGAGUUGUUGGCGGAAAUGGCCGGAGGAGAGGAGGGGGCUCUCCCGAGAAGCCCCCGAACCGCAGACGGCCUCCUGACCCGCGGGAACACUGCAGCCGGCUUCUCAGCAACGGCCCGCCCCAGGCCUCUGGGCGGCCGGGUCCCAUGCGCGACCGCGACCGGGGCAGCCCUUCUGUGGCAGAGGGCAGCAAGACCGGAUUAGAGGCUGGUGGGAGACGGCUGGGACCCUCCCGAAGGUGCUCCCGGGGCCGGGCCCCAGAAUCCAGCCUGGCCAGCUGCCUCUCGUCCAAGUGCUUGGAAAUCAGCAUCGAGUACGAUUCUGAGGACGAACAGGAGGCAGGAAGCGGGGGCUUGAGCAUCAGCGGCUCCUGCUACCCUGGAGAUGGGGAGGCCUGGGCCACAGCACCUGUGGCAAGGCCCAGGGGGCCCCUGAAGGCCAGUUUAGGCCCCAGCCCCUCCCCACGCCUCCCAGCCUGGGAGAAAGGGGAGCCAGAGCGGAGAGGCCGCAGCACGACUAGCCGAGCCAAGGAGUCUCCCUCGCGGGUAGUAGAGCCUGGGGAACUCAGGGGGCAGGACAGCUCUGGGCGGAGGGUCCUGCAGAGGAGAGGAGCUCGGGUCCCCAGGCCAGGAGUCAACGAGCUGGCCCCUCCGAGGAGUCCUUCCGAAGCACCAGCUCACCAGGACCUCCCUGUUCGGCUCUUCGUGGCUCUGUUUGACUAUGACCCCGUGUCUAUGUCCCCCAACCCUGAUGCUGCAGAAGAGGAGCUCCCCUUUCGGGAGGGCCAGAUUCUGAAGGUGUUUGGGGACAAGGAUGCUGAUGGCUUCUACCGGGGUGAAGGCGGGGGCCGGACAGGCUACAUCCCCUGCAACAUGGUGACCGAGGUGGCCGUGGACAGUGCCAUGGGGAAGCAGCAACUGCUGCGGCAGGGCUACCUGUCUCCAGAGGCGCUUGCUGAGGCCUCAGGAAACGGUCCCUUUGUGUACUCCACAGCUCAUACAGCAGGGCCUCCACCCAAGCCCCGACGUGCCAAGAAAGCAGAGACGGACAACUCUGCCCAGCCCGGCCCAGGGCCACCCCAGUCCAUCAUCUCCUCGGCUUGCCUGAAAUCAGCCCAUUCCAUGGUAGCUGCGUUUGACUACAAUCCCAGGGAGAACUCCCCCAAUAUGGAUGUGGAGGCGGAGCUGCCCUUCCGGGCGGGGGACAUCAUCACUGUGUUCGGGAGCAUGGACGACGAUGGGUUCUACUACGGGGAGCUGAAUGGACAGAGAGGCCUGGUUCCAUCCAACUUCUUGGAGGACCCUGGGCCUGAGGCAGGAGGCCCCAACAGGGAUCCCAGUGCACCCCAGGCUGAGGUUCAGAGAACGAGGAGGAGAAGAGUCCAGUGCUAGCUGGAGAUAGAUAUAUGUAGAGAGCGACAUGACUGGGUCAGCACCACGCCAGGGUCCUCAAGACCCCCAGGCUGGGCCUGUGUCCCGGGUCCUGGCAGCCCCAUGAGGAUCAAACCGGGGCAGGCCCAGGGCACAAGCAAGAUGGUACGGGGCCUUCUCUCCAAGGGGAAGCAGCUCCUCAGGCGCCUGGGCUCUGGGAAGAAGGAGUGAUGCUAUGACCAGCCCUGUAAGCCGAAGAGGCUUCAAGAAGCCCCCUGAGACCCUGUGGCCAUCAGGGCUAGGCACAAGACAUCUGUGUUGGCACUGGGGCCUUUGAUGAGAAUCAGUGACUCAGUAAGGGUUCGGUCCAGAUGGUGUCUUUACGGAUGAACCGUCUAGCUGGACCCCUUCCUCCUACAGCAGGGGAGACUGAGCCCAUAGUGAGUAAGUAGCGUGGCCAAGGCCACUGACGCCUCAGCCAGGCCAGGACUGGAACCCAGACUCUGUCCCCGCUCAACCACUCCUGGUUUCCCACUGUGUUGUGUAGGUCCCUUACAUAAGCUCUCGCCAAGCCAGUCUGGGGACCCUGGGGGAGAGGGGACCCAUUCCCUCUGGUGGCUCUGGUUGUCCAGAUCAAGUCUUCCCUGCCCUGAAGGAAACAUUUGCACUGGAUCCUCCCCAACUCGCUUCCCUUUGCGUGCGUGGAGCCAUGUAUAUAUUGUACAUACUCAGUGCCUCGGUCCAGCUUCCUCCUCCUGCUUCCCCACAUGGCAUAGCCUGCCCACUGCUGGGGAAGAAGAAAGGCCUUGCCUGACUCCACCCACAGUGCUCCACCCCUUCUGCCCAGGGUCUUCUGGCUCCAAGCCCCAAGGGCCAGUGGGCAGCAAGCAGCAGUUGGGUUUGCCUUAUUUUGUUCAUUGGAUUCAACUUGUCUUUUGCAUCACUUUCCUUUGGCACCCCCAUCAGAGUUGGGGGCCAGCAGGAAGGCCAGAUUCAUGCAACUAUUUUCAUACAUUUCCUACACAUCUAUCAUGGGAUGGGGGCCCUGCACCCUCUACCCAGCCCCUGCCCUUGGAGGGUGAGUGUGUCUUGCAUGUUUCCUUUGCCAUGGUGGGAGUUUGUCUGAUUGGACCCUACCCUCUCCUCGAUCUCCAGGAGUGUGGGCUGGUGGGGGAAUUUGUUUAAAACCACAUUUUAUUAUAAUAAAGUCUAUUUUC